AUGGACAUUGACGACAUCCUCCGCGAAGUCGACCCCGUGUCGUACUCCAUUCCCUCCGAGACACGCGACUUACAGGCUCUGACGCGUGCCUGGGUAGCAGAGCGUUCCGCUCCCGAACUCCUAGAAUGGCCUCCAGACGGCCUCUUUGAGCGCGUCAACGACCGCAUCAAAAGCCAAAUUGAAAAAGUUGAAGACAUGACAGGCGACAUGGACCCCAAAACCAACUUCGCCUUGAUCGUGAUCCAGACGGAACUCGAGCGCUUCAAGUUUCUCGUCAGGAGUUACCUCCGGGCUCGUAUAGCAAAGAUCGACAAGCACGCCCUCCACUACCUCUCUUCGCCCAGCCUCCGCUCCCGUUUGUCGGAAACCGAGCUUGCCUACGCGACGCGCCAUCAGGCCCUGCUACACAACCAUUACCUCUCCUCUUUUCUCUCUUCCUUCCCGCAGCCCCUACAGAACCUGAACGACACUGCGGGUAACAUUAGCAUGAUUGACGGGCCGGACGUCGAUACCGCUGUAUUCAUCCGUUUGCUGAGAGACGCCGCGGUCGAGGGCAAAGGUACUGAUUCAGAUGGUGUUGUGGAUGGCAAGGCCGGGGAUAUUCUUAUUCUGAGGUGGUCGAGUGCGAAGCCAGUUGUUGAUGCAGGUGACGCUGAGCUUGUUUGA